GCGCGAGCCCCCCAAGUCAAGCCUGCUUUCCUUCCGCGCAUUCUUGGCUUUCUCUCCCUCCCGUUCUAGUAGGCCCACAUCUAGUCGAUCCUCGACUCCCUUCUUCAUGGCGUCGCUUCUGUGCUGUGGGCCCAAGCUGGCCGCCUGCGGCAUCGUCCUCAGUGCCUGGGGAGUGAUCAUGUUGAUAAUGCUCGGGAUCUUUUUCAACGUCCAUUCCGCUGUCCUUAUUGAGGACGUUCCCUUCACGGAGAAAGAUUUUGAGAAUGGCCCCCAGAACAUAUACAACCUUUACGAGCAAGUCAGCUACAACUGUUUCAUUGCCGCGGGCCUUUACCUCCUCCUCGGAGGUUUCUCUUUCUGCCAAGUUCGGCUCAAUAAACGCAAGGAAUACAUGGUGCGCUAGGGCACAGACCUGUUCCCACCUCCAGCCCCCUCCUCUAUUUAAAGACUCUGCCUGCGCUCGGUGCCGCCACCCAUUUGGCGCCCUCUGCAGGACUGGGUUUCCCUGGCGAGGGACUGAAUCCCUUGUUCUUCACUCUACGGCGCCCGGCCCCCUUGCCUCGUCCCGUACCACAAUAAAGAGAAACUGCUCUCUUAAGCCUUGUGUCCGUGCUUGUGUGAGGUGGCGGACACGGGACUAACGUUGGACGUCGGCCUCCAACUGUG